AGACUCAAGCUGUUCUGGACGGGACGGUUUGCUCGGUCAUGUGCGGGCCGAUGCAGCAGAGGCUGGCAUGACCCAGACCACCCAGUCCUUUGAAGCACGUGGGGAAGUUCGCAUCGCCGACGUGUUGCGAGAUGCCUUGGAGAAGCUGCGGGGAACAGCGCCUCGGAAGCUGAAGGAGCUUCGUGACAAUGUUGAGGCUGACUUGAAGAAAUUGGAGACACUGCCAUCUGGAGCUGGCGUUGAUGCCGGUGACUUCUUCUUGUCGUUCAAGCUGGCGUGUGAAGCUGUCGGUUUGCCCAAAGUGGUGGUCAUUUCUCUGGAGGCAAUCCAGAAGCAAAUUACGCAUGGCUUUCUCACCGGCAAAGGCGCCGAUCCGAUAAAGCCCGAGCCCGGCAGGCAUUUGAUUGACUCAGUGGUGGAAUCUGUUUGCAAUUGCGCAGAGUCUGCGGAUGACACGGUUCAGAUGCACAUGAUCAGCACUCUGCUGGCGGCCGUGACGUCGCAGGUGUGCGAGGUCCACGGUCAAAGCCUCAUGUUAGCCGUGGACACCUGCAUGAAGCUCUACAGGGACUCGCGCAGUCAGUCCAACCAGCGCAUGGCCCAGACGGCGUUGACCCAAAUGCUGUCAGUCAUCACGCAGAGGAUGGAGCUCAGCUCGGCCGAUUUGUCCAGCCGGGCAGAUGAGGCCUGGAAUGGCUCCCGGCAAGGUGCGGCCACCUCCGAGCAACUCGCCGCGGUGGUCGCGGCGGCUCCGCCUGCCUUUGCAAAUGCAAAUGCGGACCUGGCACAAAUGCCAAAAGGAGAGCUACUGAAUGAGUGGAUGUCUGCAUACCUCACAGCCAAGAUCGACAAGCUGGUUUACAAUGGAAAUGGUGAUGCUCCUCAGGGCGAGGUGGCUCCCGGCAAGUUCGGCUGGUGUGUGGUGUGCCGUGCUCCGGCCAACCACUACUGCGUGGACACCCGCGAUACGGUUUGUGGACAUGCAUGCAAGUACCGCAAUUUGGAGCGGCUUUCGCUGGUGGAGAAGCACUACGGAAGAAGAGAGGCCGCCUCCAGCUGCUCUCCGGUUUCUGCUCCACUACCAUCGCAGUCUUCCAGGGAAACUGCCAGUCAGAAGGACGAGGCACCCAUUGCAGAUGUUGCGGAUACCAAGUCGCUCAACAUCUACCAUCAGGAUGCCAUCAUCAUUUUGACAUACCUCAUCAACAGCAGCGCCAAGGAAGCGCCGCAGAGUCAAGCAGAUUCAAGAAACAUCAGGCUCAAGAGAAUCGCCCUCGAGCUGAUUCUGGGCGUGCUUUCCAACUCUGGGCCUGUUUUCAGGUCUUCCAGACAUUUUGUGGACAUGCUCAAGAAGCUAGUUGGCGACUCGUUGAUCAAGAACAGCGUUUCACCUAUUCCGAAGAUCUUUGGCCUCUCCUUGCAAAUCUUUGUGUCGCUCAUUACCAACUUCAAGGAACAUUUGAGGGACGAAAUUGGCGUCUUCAUUGAGCAAAUUUUUCUGCGCAUUCUCGAGAGCGGCAACUCUGACUUCUUGCACAAGAGCAGGGUUCUCCAGAUCUUCUACAAACUCUGCACAGAUGCGACAACGCCUCUUGAGCUCUUCUUGAACUAUGACUGUGAUGUCGAUGAGAAGAACAUCUUCGAGCGCACUAUCGACUGUCUGUCAAAGAUAGCUCAAGGCAAGUACACAGCUGUCGAGCAUGCAAACCUGAUUCAGCCGCAUCAGGAGCAGGAGCUGAAGCAAUUGGCCUUGCAGUCCCUGGUCACACUGAUGGGCUCCAUCGUGGAUUGGGCUCGAAGAAUGACGGAGGACCAAAAGCCUGUAAGCAUCCUGGGCCAAGCUGAGGAGAGUCGCGAUGGCGCUGAGAGCGACGAGGAUGACGCGAGUGAUGCCGCCGUGUCCAUGGCGACAAGUGACAAAACAAUUCCUGUCAGUGUGGCAUCGAGCAGCUUCAAAGAGCAAAAGCAGCGGAAAGUGGAGCUGCAAAUUGGGAUCAACAAGUUCAACAUGAAGCCCAAGCGGGGUAUUGAAUACCUGAAGCAAAAUGGAUUUUUGAAUGAAGAUCCUGCUUCGCUUGCCACUCUGUUCAAGAACACGGAGCUUGGCUUGGACAAGACUGCCAUCGGGGAUUACUUGGGGGAGGACAAGCCUUUCAACAAGAACACGCUGCAUGCUCUGGCAGACAGUCUUGAGUUCAGGGAGCAGUCCCUGGAUGGGGCCUUGAGACACUUCCUCUCCUACUUCCGACUUCCCGGAGAGGCGCAGAAGAUUGACAGAAUGAUGGAGAAGUUUGCGGAGAAGUACUGCAAUGACAAUCCUGAACGCUUUGCCAAUGCAGACUGCGCAUUCGUUCUUUCCUUUUCGCUCAUCAUGCUUCAGACUGAUUUGCACAAUCCAGGCAUCAAGAAUAAGAUGACAAAGGAUGAGUUUGUGCGGAACAAUCGAGGCAUCAACAACAAUCAGGACUUACCCCGGGAAUACUUGGAAAGUCUGUACGACGGUGUCUCCGCUACCCCGAUAUCUCUUCAAGAGGAUCAGGAGGCCCGAAAUCGGCAGGAGUCACAAGCAGCCCGAGAUUUGAAUCAGAAGUACGAGUUGUUUGUCAAGGAGACAGAAAACAUGGUCCAGAAGACAAAGGCUGCGAUGCAGAUGCGAAGAAAAACCGCCACUUACAUCACGGCUCAAAGUGUGGAGCACGUGCGGCCUCUGUUUGAGGUCGCUUGCUGGCCAUAUUUGGCGACACUAGCUGUGCUACUUGAGAUGCAGGAUUCGCCACAGAGCAUCGAGCUCUGCAUCGAAGGAUUCAAGCACUGCAUCCGGAUUGCUGCCCGCUUUGAUAUGGACACCGAGCGCGAUGCAUUUGUUUCAUCUCUGGCGAAGUUCACCUACUUGACAACAAUCAAGGAGAUGAAGCAAAAGAACAUUGAGUGCAUCAAGGCCCUGCUCUCAAUCGGCCUUUCUGAGGGCAACAAUUUGGGGCCUUCCUGGCUGUAUGUGCUGCACUGCAUUUCCCAGCUGGAACGCCUUCAGCUCAUCGGCACCAGAGGUGCAAGGCAGGACUUCCAGUUCUUCCAGAUGGAGGAGGAUUCACUCUCCCCUGCUUCGGCCAGCAGGUCCAAUGCCAGCAUCGCUGGUCAUCAGGUGGUGAAACGGCGUGCGCACGGCCUGGGGGUGUCUGCGCUAGUGGCCAUCGGACAGGAUGAUCGCCAGGUUGAACUCGUCAACUCGGAGUCUGUGGCCUCUCAAAUCGAUGCGGCCCAGAUUGAGCUUCUUUUCAAUAGGUCUACACAGCUUACGCCACAGGCUGUGGUUCACUUCGUCACGCAGCUGGCAAAGGUCUCCAAAGAAGAGCUUGCCUUGGCAGAUCAGCCUCGAAUCUUCUCCUUGCAAAAGCUGGUGGAGGUGGCUGACUUCAACAUGACCCGCAUGCGCGUGGUCUGGGGACGGAUUUGGCGGGUGCUCAGCAACCACUUUGUGGAGGUAGCUACUCAUCCAAAUGUCCGGGUAUCUCAUUAUGCCAUGGAUUCAUUGAGGCAACUUACCAUGAAGUUUCUUGAGAAGGAUGAGAUGGCUGGCUACAGCUUCCAGGCAGAGUUCCUGAAGCCCUUCGAAACGAUCAUGGUGGGCCCGCCACCGGUGAGCAAGGAGGUGAAGGAUUACCUUGUCCACAUCAUCGCAUACAUGACGGAUGCCAGUUUCAUGAAGAUUCGGUCUGGCUGGAAAGCCGUUCUCCACAUUUGUGCGGCUGCCGCUCAAGAUCCAGCUUUGGGUGAGGGGACUGUGGAAGUUGCCUUCAAGGUCUUAGAGAAGGUGAACUCGGAGAGCUGCUACCACCUCUUUCUGGAGAACUUCACAGACGGAAUCCGAGCGCUGCUAUGCUUUGCUCAGUGCAAGGUGCAUGACAAGCGGUCGAAUGCCAAGGAGGCCAAGCCCGAGAUGUCGGUACAGGCCAUUCAGUACCUGCUGAAGGCAGCGGAUCACAUUGCCGAUCCCCACACGGACUUGCCCGCGGGCACCGCGUUGUCGCAGGAUCCAGCCAUCACGGAUGGCCAUCCAGCAGCCAUUUGGUUUCCGAUUCUGCGUGGACUCUCCAUGCUUGUGGGCGAUCCUCGCAGGGACGUGAGGGCUUUGGCUUUGAAUGGCGUUUUUGAUAUUCUUCGGGAACACGGCAAGCAGGUCUUUGAUGAGGACACGUGGCGCAUGGUCUUCAACGGAGUCAUCAAGCCAUUGUUUGACGAUAUCCACCACCAACUUGCUCCACAGAGUGAGCACAAGGACAGCACGGGCGAGGCGCAAGAUGCUGGGCAUUGGGCCUCGAUGGGGCCUCCAACCUGCUUGGCGGCACUCACGCAGCUUGUGAGGUUGAUCGAGGCGCAUUUGGAUGUGUUGGCCUUUUUGCUGGACGACGUUCUGCGGCUCAUCCGGAACUGCAUCCAGCACGAGUUCGAGGCCGUGGCGCGCAUAGGCGUCGAAGGCUUCAAGCAGCUGCUGAUUUGCACUGGAAAGAAUCUGAAGCCGCAGUCCUGGCAGAAGGUGACUGCAUGCAUCCUAGAGCUCUUCCGGGACAGCAUGCCGACCAAGCUUAUGGAGGUGGAUGCGAAGGCCUCUUCUCACCUGCCUUUCAACAAGGAGGAUGUUGUCAUCCAGUGCGUUGUUCAGCUCUUGCUGAUUGACAUGCUGAUGGAUGCAGUCUCGCAGCACUAUGAGAACAUUCCAGAGAGCGGAAUCAUGACGCUCCUCGACGCGCUGCAGCAGUCGUUUGAAUUUGCUCAGGAGUUCAAUCGGCAGAUUGAGCUACGGCAAGCUCUCAAAAGGCUUGGCUUUAUGAAGGAAGUGAAGCAGCUGCCUGGAUUGCUGAAGCAGGAACGGGACUCACUUCGUUGUUCCUUAUGGAUCCUGUUCCAGGUUCAGUCUGACCCCAGAAUGAACGGCAGCGAAUUUGCAUCAAGAGCUGUGGAUCGUCUUUUGCGACUCUGUAGUACGGUGCUUCAGAAUUAUGUCAAUAAGGAGCGAAUUUUGCAUGACCGGUCAGAAGCGUCCAACGAGUCUGGAGACAGGGAGGCUUCGAUCGUUGAGAUGGAGAGGGAGGUCCACGGUCUUGUGCCCAUCAUCUCGCAGGUGGUGGUCAAAGGCCUGAAGGAUCUCCCGCCGAAGUUGUUCGAGCAGCAUGUUCACGUUCUCUUCCCACUCUUCUGCGAGCUGACAAUGGUCAAUUCUCGCGAGGUCCGUUCGCUGGUGCGAGAGGUGCUGUUAGAGCAGGUGGCCCCUCUCCUGAAACCCAGCCCUUGAACCUACGCACAUCGUGAUCGUGUACAUUACGUGUCCUCGAAGCCGAAGCUUUAGUUUAGUCACAGCUGAAAUUGCCAUUGCCGUCCUUUUGUUUCCCAGCCUUUUUUCUGCUGGACAGAGCCAUAGCUUCGGGCUUUAGCAUUGCUUUCUGCACGACAUGGACGGGGCUCUCGCGGGUGCGUCUUGGACUCCUGGCUUUGCGGCAGUGCAGUCUGCUCAGCCGGUCCGAGUUUCGGUUUUCCAGCCGAUGCGCAGUUGGCAAUUGGCAGCCUGACCCCAGAGCUUGGCAAUGGCCCAAAUUCAGUUGCCACAUAGCGUCAGUGUCUCUGACAGCAAUAGCUGCAGGUGCAAGGUGCAGAUAAGCGUUGCA